AUGGUACAGCAUAUCUAUGGUUUUCUAUUCUCACUAUUAAGACUGGCGAGCAAAAUCCCGCCUGAAACACAAAAAUGGAGUAAACUGUAUUUAGGGUGUACUCUCGACUAUGAUGUCCAGUCAGUCUGUCUUUUAGCAUUUAGUAGUUAUAAGUAUAGUAGAGGAAAUGUUUGGGUUGAGAAUCCAGACAAAACAGGAGAAUGGAUAUCUGGUGAAAUAACAAAAGAAUCUGAUGAUAAAAUACAUAUUAAAACUGAAACUGGAAAUGAUGUAAUAGUAACCAAAGAUGAAGUUAAAUUCCAAAAUCCAGUUAUACAAGAAGGUAUCGAUGAUAUGACAUCUUUAUCACAUUUACAUGAACCUGCAGUUAUACAUAAUUUAAUUAAAAGAUAUGAAUUGAAUACUAUUUAUACAUACACUGGCACUAUUUUGAUUGCCAUUAAUCCAUACUGUAAUUUACCAAUAUAUACCAAAGAGAUGAUCGACAGUUACUGCGACCAACCGGUUGUCAAGUUACCACCCCAUGUCUACGCCAUUGCCGAGUCGUCGUAUCGCCAGAUGCUCAAUUCCAAAUCGAACCAGUCGAUUCUAGUGAGUGGCGAGAGUGGUGCCGGCAAGACUGAAACGACCAAAUUCCUUUUACAAUACUUUGCGGCCAUGGGAGAGAUGCGCGGCCAGUCGACGCAAGACGCAGCGGCCAACAACAACAUUGAAGCACAGGUCAUCAAGUCAACACCGAUUCUCGAGGCAUUUGGAAACGCCAAGACGCUGCGUAACGACAAUUCAUCACGUUUUGGAAAGUUUAUUACCAUCCGAUUCGACAAGAUCAAGGGCACCAUCGUCGGUGCCAGUCUCGAGACCUAUCUCCUUGAAAAGUCACGUAUAGUCAGUCCUCCAACCAACGAGCGUUCCUACCACAUCUUUUACCAGUUCUUGCGUGGUGUUGACCAGUCUGUGAGAGACACCCUCUCAGUCACCAACGAGCCAUCCGACUUUACCUAUUUGUCCAAUAGCGGGUGUCAAGAUGUCGAUCAAGUCGAUGACUCUGACAUCUUUACCAAGACCAAACAAGCACUCGAAAUUGUAGGAUUCACAGAAGACGACCUUAUGGGCGUCUACAAAAUACUCGCAGCCAUUCUGCAUUGUGGUAACAUUCAAUUUAAAGAAAAGGAAGGUGGUGAAGACAAUGCUGCCGACUUGGUAUCAUCAUCUACUCUAUCAAGUGUCUCUAAAGAUUAUGACCCUUUAGAAACCCUUUGUUCACUAUUACAAGUUUCAAAAGAAAAGUUAAAAUCAACAUUUAUAACUAGAACUAUUAAAGCUGGUAAUGAGUCAUAUACUAUUCCAAUGAAUGUAAAACAAGCUUGUGAAGCUAGAGAUUCUCUAGCCAUGUAUCUCUAUUCAAGAUUAUUCGAUUGGAUUGUACUUCGAAUCAACAAUUCUAUUAACAAGGUUAAAGGUGAUAAUGUAUUCAUUGGUAUAUUAGAUAUUUAUGGUUUUGAAUCAUUUGAAUCAAAUUCAUUUGAACAAUUUACAAUUAAUUAUGCAAAUGAAAAGUUACAAAAUCAAUUUAAUCAUCAAAUCUUUAAACUUGAACAAGAAGAAUAUACAAAGGAAAAGAUCGAUUGGUCGUACAUUACAUUCAAUGACAAUCAAGAUUGUAUAGAUUUGAUAGAAAAGAAACCACUUGGUAUUCUAUCAAUCUUGGAUGAAGAGAGUCAAUUCCCCAAAGCAACACCUACAACCCUUUCAACAAAGUUGGUUUCAAAUCAUGCAAAGACCAAACACUUUGAGAAAGCUCGUUUCUCCAACACUCAUUUCACUAUUGAUCAUUAUGCUGGAAAGGUUGAUUAUGAUACAGAAUUAUUUUUAGAAAAGAACAAGGAUUUUAUCAUUGCCGAACAAGUGAUGGAAUUGCAAGCUACAGCUUGGUCAUUUUUUAAAACUAUUAUAACAACUCUUUCACAACCCAAACCACAACAACAAAAUGGUACUGCAUCGACAUCGGCAUCGUCAUCGUCAAAAGGAGGACAACCAUCAUCUGGAUUUAAAUUCAUGUCGGUUUCAACACAAUUCAAAGAUUCACUCAACCAACUCAUGACAACCAUCAAUGCAACCAGUCCACACUAUAUCCGUUGUAUCAAGCCAAACACUAUCAAACAAGCCAACCAUUUUGAGAAACCAAUGGUACUGCAACAACUCAAGUGUGGUGGUGUUAUUGAACAACUGCGUAUCUCUCGGUCGGGGUACCCCGGACGUCUCGAGUACGACUCGUUCUUGAAGCGUUACAGACUACUCGCAGCAGCCGAGUUGGUGGGCAAGAGUCAUCUGUUGAACGAGCCAAAGAAGGGUACCGAAGUACUCAUUGGCAAGCUCGGUAUAGACAUUGACAAUGCUCAGUUUGGUGUGUCCAAGAUCUUUUUCCGGUCGGGUAUUAUUGCCAACCUCGAAUUGUUGCGUGACGAGACUAUGUCCAAGUCGGCGGUUCGCAUACAAAAGAGAUGGAAGGGGUUCAAGGAGAGACACAGAUACACCGAGCUCAAACGUGCGUCUGUCCACUUGCAAACACUCAUUCGUCGCGAGUUGGGUAGACUAGAGGUAAAGCAGUUGGUCGAUAUCCAGAUGGCAAUUGUUCUCCAGACAUACACGCGGUCGAGUCUGGCUGCCCAAGAGUAUGCCGACACCCUGUCUGCAUCCACCUGUCUGCAGUCCUAUAUCCGAUCGACCAUCAUUGCCGACGAGCUCAGAGAGCUGGUCAAAGAGCGUGCCGCACUCUCUCUCCAGACCCAUGCCCGUGGCUGUGCCGUGCACCAGCAUUUCAAGGACAUGUUGAAUGCCACCAGUCGCAUCAAGCGUCAGUACAAGGUCAAGAUGGCCCGUCGCAUGUUGCAGCAGUUGCGUGCCGAAGCCAAGAGUCUGUCGCGUGCCGUCGAGGAGCAAAACAAGCUCAAGAAGCAGGCCGAGGAGAUGAACGCCCGUUUGGAGGCCGAGAAGUUGGAAAAACAACGUAUGGAAGAGGAGAGACAACAAACUGCCAAGCGCAUGCAAGAGGAAAAGGAACAAGCCGAACUAGAGAAACAAGAGAUUGCCAAAAGAAUGCAAGAGGAAAAGGAAAGAGUCGAACAGGAAAAACAAGAGAUGGCAGCACGUAUCGAGCAAGAAAAGUUGGAAAUGGCCAAACUUGCCGAACAGGCCAAGGACGAACUAGAUGUAACCAAGAACAAGUUUGAACGUUCACAAACAGAAAUUGUUGAAUUAAAAUCAACUAUUGAUGAUAUGCAAGAUACUAUCAAUCAAUUAAAUCAAAAGUUACAACAACAACCAUCAACACCAUCCAAGCCACUCGUUGCAACUAUGACAUCUGUCACUCCUCCGCCAACAACUCAACCACAAGAAGACAACAACCCACAUACCUUUAUUCCAAUCAAAUCAGAUUCGGAAUCAUCAUCAUCAUCAUCUGUCAUCCAACCAAGAGGACCAGAUACUAGAGUAUCACCAGUUCCAUCUGAACACAUUGAUCAUGGUAAACAACAAGAGAUUGAAAGUUUGAAUCAAAAGAUACAAGAAUUAAAAGAUCAACUUGAAAAGGAAAGAUUGGAAAAGGAAAGAUUGGCAAAUAGCAGUGGUGGUGGUAUGGUUCAAGGUGUCAUUAUGGGUAGACCAAAACAAACUAAACAACAAGAAAAACAACAGUUACAGAGACCAAUUUCAAAGGAUCAAAUAUUAAUUAACAAGGGUAUGAGUAAAUCAUUAUCUUAUGUUGAUUUCCAACAAAUUGUAGAGAAUAAUGUACCAGCUCAAUCUCAACACCAACAUGGACAAAAGACACUUGCAACUGAACCAAGUAGUAAUAAUAGUGUACCAGAUCUCAUGAUGGCAUUGGAAAUCAAUAAUAACAAAGAGGUUGCUGGUCGUUAUUUAGUGGACCAAUUAUUAUUUGCCAAGGAACCAUCAUUUGUUCAUAAUAUGAUGCCAGAACCAUCGUACAUUAUACUUCGUUGUUUCCUUAAAGAUGCACUUGGCGGAGUGGAAGAGGACGAGAAAAAGACUGCUGUUGCAAGAGACAUUCUAUCAUACUAUGUUGAAACACUUGGUACGAUGAUUACAAGAGACACUCAUUCGUUGGAUCUUGACGGUAGUUGUUAUUGGCUCUCAAAUGUAUCUUUGAUGCUCUAUGUCAUUGAUCAUCAAUCAUCAACCCCCAAUAGUCCUAUUGCUGGUCAACAAACUAAACAACCACAACCACCUCCUCAAACCAUGGCUAUUCUUCGUAUCAAGACACAAUUACAAAACAUUCUUCUCAAGAUUUAUAAUUCACUUGUCAAAAAUCUAUUAGAUUACAUUCAACCAAUUGUACAUCGUUCAUUAAAUGAUCCAAAUACUGAUAUUGAUUUAAUGGAACCUUUAACACAAUAUUUAUCAAAAGUAUUUUCAACAUUACAAAAUUAUUUUGUUUAUGAUUCAACAAGAGAGAUGUUGUUUGAACAAGUAUUCAAAUACAUUAAUUCAUUGUUGUUUAAUGAAAUAUUGUUGAGAAAGGAUUUGUGUAGUUUGCGUAGUAGUAUUCAUCUCAAGAUGAAUAUAUCAGAGCUCGAGUAUUGGUCCAAGGGAUAUGGAAGCGAAUGGGCACAACGUGCAUCCAACCAACUAUCACAAAUCAAGGAAACCAUCUAUGUGUUGAUGGUCGACAAGACAUUGGUGACUGACUCGGAGACUAGAAAGCAAGUCUGUCCCAAUUUGACAGACGCACAAAUCAAACAACUCUUGACCAUGUAUUCACCAGAUCUCGAUAGUUUUGAGGAACCUGUUCCAGUCGAGACAAUCGCCCUCAUCAUGGAAUCACCAACCUACAACAAAUCGGAAAACAUCCUAUUGGAUCUAUCCAACAUCUUCUCGUUGAAACUUGAUCAACUCCAUUCCAUCACAAUGUCACAAUUAGAUACUAUUCCUCAUAGUUGUAAUCAUCUAGUAUCAUCAAUCAUCCGAAAGAAUAUGGAGACUCAUAAUAAUACUACUCAAAAUGUUAACAAUAAUGGACUUGGGUCAUCAAACAAUCGUGUUAUUCUAUCACCUCCCAACACCCAAUUACAACAACCAACAGCAGUUGUUACAACUAUCAAAUAA